AUGGAAAAUCAAAAUGAUCUGGGUGACCGAGGAUUCCUGCUGACUCCCCAUGGCUGGGAUUUUACUGGGGAAUGCUUGCUGCUUUCCUUCGGCUGGUGUAAUGUUUGUAACUCUUUUCCAGGCUCUGAGAUCUACGCUGAAAUUCCAGACACUCCCAAAUCUGCAGUGCCUCAGAACUCAAUAUCACGAGACAAUGUCGUACUGGGCCGAAUUCUGGGUGAAGGAUUCUUCGGCCAGGUUUUUGAAGGAGUUUAUAAAACAGCACGAGGUGAACAACUCUCUGUCGCAGUGAAAACCUGCAAGACUGACUGCUCAUCUGAAGUCAAGGAGAAGUUCUUAGUUGAAGGAACAAUCAUGAAACCUCUCGACCAUCCACACGUUGUCAAACUGAUCGGAAUCAUUGAGGAGGAGCCGGCCUGGCUAAUCAUGGAGCUGUACCCCUACGGAGAGUUGGAAAGCUACCUGGCUACAAAUAAAAACAACCUGGACGUGCUGACCCUGAUUGACUACUCCUUGCAGAUCUCCAAAGCUCUCGCGUACCUCGAGGGAGUGAAAGUUGUUCAUCGGGAUAUAGCGGUGAGGAAUGUUCUGGUCGCUGCUCACGACUGUGUGAAGUUGGGAGAUUUUGGUCUCUCACGUUAUAUCGAAGACGAUAAUUAUUACAAAGCAUCAGUGACAAGGAUGCCAAUUAAGUGGAUGGCCCCAGAAUCCAUUAACUUCCGGAGGUUUACCUCCUCGAGUGACGUGUGGAUGUUCGUUCUGUAUUGCAGUGAUGAGAUUGUUCAGGUCCUGGGUUUUGAAGGAUCUGUGUGA